UCACUAACCAUGAAAGCUCCACUAGUUAUCUCUCCAUGGAGCUUCUUCUUCUUCUUUUCCCCAACCAACUUUCCGCCUUUCUUCACUCUCGUCUUCUUCCUUGAUGCAAAUGCAGUCAAAUUUUCGAUUUCUGUUUAUGCGAAAGGAUCGGAUUUAUCAGGAAUCGUGCAUGUCUGUCGUUGAAUUCCUGCACUGAAUUUGGGGAAGAGAAUGGGAAAGAACUUCUGGAGGAAGAACAUAGCCGAUAAGUUCGUCCACGCGCUCGACUACAAUCGAUGGAAUGUCUUGAAGUUUAACCAUGGCCAGAAGAUCGAAGCCACAAGAUAUAAAAAAUGGGAUUUGAGCUCUGAAGCUGCAUUGUAUGGAGGUUUUGAUACCUUCGAAACAGCGAAGCUUUUGGAUGGAGACGAUAGACAACAAAUCAAUGCGAAAGAUUCAAAUGCACGGAAGCGACAAUCGCUUCGAGCUUGGAUGAAAGCGUUGAUCAGUGAAGAAAUCAACGAGGAUGAGGAUGAAAUUUAUAAAGAAGGAUCUUAUUUUGAGACAGAAUUGCAGGGGAGUUACCUAAACUCUCUAAACGUCGACUGGAAACAUUCGGUUGUCGAUACCAUAGAAGAACACGUCGAUAACGAGAAUCCCGACAUUCUUGAGAUAUUCAAGGUCGACAAACACUUGCUGGUAAAAAAUCUAUGCGAUUCCGACGAGACUAUCGCGAAUUUCUCGCGUGCGGUGUUGGGGUUGAAUUCUACGUCGAAUCUCAUCCGAUCAAGAUCCUUCCCGCCCGCCGAAACGUCGAAUCGAAAAAAGUCCAGGGCUGAAACCUGCGAAAGCAAAAUGCCAAAGCUGCAUUGUUUGACUAAUUUCGACGAAGAACAAACUAGCGACGAUGGGAGCAACGUUGACUGCCGUAAGCUUCCGGAUAAUUCUGAAAAUCUCGACUCCGACUCAUGCUACAUAAUGUGCCUUCUCGAUCUUUCGGGAAUCGCAGUCGAUCCAUUUAAAAUGCGAUGGCACUCAUCCGACCAACCAUUGAAUCCAAAUCUAUUCGAGAGAGUAGAGGCGUGCUGGCCGUGCGAGGAUCCGCGAGUCGAUAAAUGGGAAGACUUUUAUGCCUAUUGGAAUCGUCGAAUGCUAUUUGAUCUUGUUAACGAGGUUAUUCUUGAGGUGUACGACGAAUCGGCUUCAUAUUAUCCGAAGGCUUUAUCGUUGGGGUGUCGCGUAAGGUUAUUCCCGGCAGGAUACCGUAUGAUGGAGGAGGUGUGCGCGAGAAUCGGCGCAUUGAUGAGCUUGACGGUGGAGGAAACGAUGGAGUCGUUCCGAUUUAUUUUUGGUCGGGAUUUGGCGCGCCAUGUCGGGUGGAUGAACCUCCAGCCGGAGGCGGAGUGCUUGGGGUUCGCGCUCGAGGAUGCCAUUUUAGAUGAGCUUCUAGAAGAGUAUGUUCUCUUAUACGAUUUUAUGUCUUGAUUGUUCUAUUGUUUUUUUUAGGGUGUAUAGACUAUAAAUGGUGUUUAACUGCUCUUUCUAACAUAGAAAAGGUAUUUAUGUUAUGGAGUAGUUUUCUUU